AUGCCCGCGCACAGACUGAGCGCACUCGGCGUCGACACCAUCUCGAUCGGAUUCUACCCGGACGAGGGCGAUGCAGGCGGCACCAAAACAUACCUCUCGCACCUCAAUGCCGCGCUUUCGUCAAACUGGCCCUCACCGCACCGCGCGCCGGUGAUCAACGUCGUAGGAUGGUACGCUCAAACCUACCCGGGCGAGGAGUUCACCGGGUCGCAGUUGAUGCCUCUUGUGCAGGAUAUCAAGGCGGAGUAUGUGCGAUGCGGUGGGGCGGUGCGGAUGGUGUACGAAGCGUCGGUGAUGCCGUUCCAGUCGUGGACGGGCUAUACGCGCGACAACCCGCGCAAGGCACAGGAGGUGGCGAGGGUCAUGCAGGCUCUCCUGGACGCAAGCAGCAUCGAUGACGACUUUGCGAUUGCAGAAAUAAGGCUGCGAUUCGGACACGAGGUCAACUACUACACACGCUCGGGGCUCUACCCUCCUCCGACUGGUGUAGACCAAGGGGCGGACUUUAGGGAGGCGUUUGACCAAGUCGCGCUUGCAUGCCGUGCACUUCCAGGGCACUACUCGCGGCGAAUCAAGAUGUUCUGGUGCCCCAAUAUCGCCUCGACAGCCUCGCGGGCCAUGGCAGAGUACGAGCGGUUCCAGCCCACGAUGGAGUACGUCGGCUAUGUGGGGAUCGACUACUACUGCCCCGCGCCGGGGUGUCUGGAUGCAGCCGACUUUGUGCGCAAGAUGAAACCGUUGCACGACAAGUACGCCUCCCGCAACAGGCCGUUUAUACUCGGAGAAACGGGACUCCACUUCGACGCGAACGAGGGUGCGGGGACACAGGCAAAGCUCAAGUGGCUCCGUGUCGUCACCGGCAGGGAGGCGCGCAGCAAGUUGCCCCACCUCAGCGGCGUGAGCUGGUUCAACUAUGAGAAGGAUCGGGACUAUCGGUUGAUCUACGUUGGCCCAACCGAGGCGGCCGAAACGGCAGCCUUUGCGCAGUGGCUGUACGAGCGCAUGGCGGAAGAAGACAAGACAGAGAAGAGGGGAGGUAAGGUGAAGAAGUUGUGGAAGACGUUGAUGGCGGGGUAG